CGCUUCAUUGCUGCACGGAACUAUAUGCAUAUUAGUUGUCUUGCCUGAAGCCUUAUAUACACCCAUUUGCUAUCCACCUUAUAGAGCGUGCUGUUCCUUUCCACCUUGUCUCCUAUACAUCACAUCACAAUGAGUCUCUCAAACGACAGAAGGCGGCCCGCCGCCCUGAACCUGACACCUUCACGGUCGUCAUCAGCCGGAUCUAACACAACCACGUCUUCACUUAAGCCGCCGAGGACACCAAGAUUUGCUGAGGCGACAACGGUGCACUCGCCAAUUGAUGGAAGAGGGCCGUUUUCCGACAGAUCAGAGGUCGCCCAGGCUCAACCGGCAGAUGUUGGAUUUGGUUACAUUAGCAAUGGCUCGUCGAACAGAGAAUCGGUCAAUGUACCCAUGACGCCGAGGUCACCGCUGAAGAGUGCUAUGCGAGUUCCGGGAACACCAGCCAGGAAGUUCGAGAAUCCUUUGAGCCCAACAUUUAGAGAAGAAGAUGUCCUCGAGAAGCGGGAAAAGGACACGGAGAAGGAGCAAGCGAAAGAUUUGACUAUCAAGACAAGGGUCAGAUUGGCCAAGUUCGCCCUUCGUGGUGUAAACUUCAGCUGCAGUUUGAUUGUUCUCUCGAUGCUCUCAUCCUCCUUCGCCAUCUUCAACGCCACCAGAGCACUUCCACCACAAAACGGACUGCCCCCCUGGGCCUCAAACACAAACACCUGGCCGCAGAAGGUUGUGCUGGCCGCUUCCUGCGUAUCUCUGGGUAUCUGCGUCCUGGUUUUUGUCGGAUACUGCCGUGGCGGUCACCACCGUGCUGAAAAGGUUGGCGUUUACUACACUCUCUUUGCCGUUGGCUGGUUCAUAUUCAGUAUGGUCAUGUGGGUUGUUGCUGCUGGUGUUUUGCAGUACAGCAAGAGCAAUAGCAACAACCAAGAUAUGUGGGGAUGGGCCUGUGUUCAGAACCAUCGAUCCGACCUUUUCUCUGACAAGGUCGACUACGCGCUUAUCUGCAGACUCCAGAAUUGGUCUCUCAUCUGCAUCAUCAUUGAGAUUGUGGUUGAGGUGAUCAGCAUCACCCUCUACAGCGUCGUCUUCUACCGCUACUACACCAAGCGCCGCCUGACCAAGUCCAUGGACAUGCGUGACCGCGCUCGGUCUGACUUGUAUCUCGCUCAACUUCGUAGCCAGUCAGCCCCUAACACUCCUGGGUUCGGCCCCAAGUCUCCUGCUUUUUCGCAGUACGCCAUGUCUCCUCGCUUCCCGCCAUCGGCAUACAAGUCUCUUGACGACAUCUCCGAGGCGCCGACAUUCACGCCUGCUACACAAAUCGCCGAGCCGCAAUCCACCUUUGCCAGUGCGUCGCCAAAGUCCCCAGACAAGCCUUUCAGCCUCCAAGCACCACCCAAGAAGGCUUCCAAAGCCACACCCAAGUUAGGAUCGUCUCCUUUCAGGACCCCAGACACGCCAACUGCGCCGGAAGAGGCGUUCAACUUCACCAUGAGUGAGCAUGCUCCUGUUGCUCCCGGCGAGGUGCAAUAUGCUGCAGUGCCUAUUCCUGGCGCAUAUGCGGAUGCAGCUGUCAAAAGCCCACCCGCCAGCCAGGCCCACUUCAGGUAAUUCGGAUAUGGUGACGCGAUGAUGAUUAGAUGAGCGAGGACGAAAACUGGGCCUUUUCCUUUGUUCAGCUGGUUUGGAUGACGGAUGGCUUGGAAAUGUGUGUUCAUAUACUGCG